CACCAGGUGAAGACCUCCACAGAGGCUGAGCACUGCACUCGCUCUUUCCCACCGUCUUCUGUUCCCUUCUCCCAGUGCAUCCAGCUCAUUGACACCUGCCUGCUGUUACGUCUACACCUAGAGCACCCAGAGGCUCGACUUCCUCUCCUGUGUGUGUGGCAGCCAGUGAUCACCCAAACUGAUGAGGAGCUGCUGAUUGAGUUAAAAAUAAGUUCCUUUUUUUCUUAUUUGCUGAGCGGAAAGAAUGUCGGAAAGGGCCGAGGAUGACGUCAGGGGGGAGCAGCGCCGAGCGGCCAGGCAGCAGCUGAAGCAGCAGCAGCAGCAGAUCCAGCGGGGAGAAGGCUCCACAGCAAUGGCGACUGUUGCGGAGCGGAGAUCCUUGCCUAGUCCAGAAAUAAUGCUGGGACAGCCUUGGAGCAAGUGGGUCGACGCCGCCAAACUCCACGGUAACGACGGUGCUGAAUCGGAGGAAAGUUUUAAAGACCUCGGGAAAAAUCGAGAAGCCAUGCGUUUGUGCAGAGAAGACAUGCCCAUAUUUGGCCAGUGUCCCGCGCAGGACGACUUCUACCUGGUGAUGUGCAGCCACUGCAGUCAAGUAGUCAAGCCCCAAGCCUUCCAAGCACACUACGAGAGAAGACACAGUUCGGCCAGCAAGCCAGCUUCCACCUCGCCCUUCCCUGUGCCAGGCAGGAACCGGAGUAGCAGCGGCGGGCUCGGGUCCGUAGCUGGAGUGGCGAGUGGAGGGAUCCACGGCCGACCUUCCACCGCCGGAUCCAGCUUAUCCUCCUCUUCGACGUCCUCCUCCAAUCCCAAACUCCUCAAACAAGCCAAAGAUAAGCUGCAAGGCAUUCAGCGAAGACCUUCCUUCCCCUCCUUCAGGAUGCUCCCGCCAGAAAAAAUCCUCACCCCGGCUGUCAAGGUGGAGAAGAUGCAUCUGAAUGUGGACUCGUCAGCCAAAUUGGUGCAGGCCCCCACUGCCCCCGCCACCACCUCAUCCUCCUCUACAUCCUCCUCUAGCACCACUGUGAGCUCCAACACUACCACCAUCACCACCUCCUCUUCAUCAGCCCUUAAACCAGGCCUUAACUGUCCCUCCAUACCAAAGCCUCCCUUACUGGCCCCGGGUCCGAUCCCCAACGGCAAGGGCCACCUCUCAGUUCUCUCGGAGAAGAAGCAGGACAGCAGUAGCAGUGCCAGUAGCAGACGCCACAUUACCAAGAAAGUGGCAGAACGUGAGUUCAAUGCAGACAUCCACUGUGGCGUUGUGGAUGUGACGUCGCGGAAACAAUGCACAAGAUCUCUAACAUGCAAGACACAUUCCUUAAGCCAGCGGAGGGCAGUGCCAGGGCGGAGGAAGCGCUUUGACACAUUGCUGGCAGAGCACAAGAACAGAGCAAGGGAGCGGGAGAAAGACAAGGACAGAGAACCCCACCAACCCCAUUCCCAGCAAAACCCCCCUCUCAGGGAACCACACCCCUCCUCCCACCUCGCCGCUGCCCAUGACGCCCAUCAGGUGGCUCAUGGCAACGGCCCCGCCCCAGACGCCACUAAGCCUUUGCCGAUCGGCAAGCCCAAAUUUCACAGCCCUGGUCUUCCACGACUAAACAGCAGUCACAGCGGUAGUACCCCCGCAGACCCUGCGGUAGUCCAUGAGUCACCACACCAUCCCCAAACUGCCCUUGAUGGUUUUUCACGACCCUCCAGCGACGAGGGAGAGAACGAGGAGCGGGAGGAGAACGCUGAGAAACUGGACUGUCACUAUUCAGGUUAUCACCCUCGACCGGCAGCUUACUGUACCUUUGGAAGUCGACUGUUUGGGAGAGGCUGUUACUCCUUUGACCGGCGAUGGGACAGAGUGCGAUGUGCCCUAACCACAAUGAUGGAAAAGCAUGUCAACUCUCAAAUGUGGAAGAAAAUCCCCUUGGCCUUGGAGAACGCCUCUUCCGUUGCACCUACCCAUAGGACAAGCACAAAUUCCCAUGGUAGCACUCCCUCUUCAGGCUUCCUGGGCCCCCCUGCCACCUUGCCCCAGACUCCCUACAGCCAAUCCUAUGAGGGCAAGUCAAUGCUCUCCUAUGGGACCACCUUAAAUGCCCGCAGCUCCCCACAGGGCGGGGCUGAGCACCCUGCCUACGGCACCACACAGGCCCGACAAGUGUCUUCGUCGCCGCAGAUGCCUUCAGCCCACUCGUCCUCAUCCUCUUCUUCUUCAACUCCUUCCCUAGCCUCAGGCCGGGCGCUCAAGUCCCGUUCCUCCAGCAGCAGCAGCACUACCAAGUCGUCAUCGUCCUUCAGACCCAAGGAGAUCUCCUCCGGCUCCUCCACACCCGUCAUCCCCAACUCAACCGGCGGGGGCAACAGUGGGGCCAACAGUAACAGUAGCAGCACUAGUUUCAGCUCGGGGAAGAAGAGGAAGAUCAGCUCCAUCCUGUCUUCAUCCCACAGCUCCUCCGAAUCAUCCUCUUCUAAUGCCAACUACUCUUCCUCCUCCUCCUCUUUCAAGAAGAACUGUGCAAAUGUCGGCAGCUCAGGGAGCACCUACCACCACAGCUCACUAGGUCCUUCAUCCUCAUUGUCAUUAUCCUCCUCCCACAGCGGAGUCCACAGUGUGGGGCUUAACUGUGGCCCCAACGUGCGGACCAACUCACUAAGUCUCAAGGCCGAGCCCUCCGGAGGUUCGGCCGGUGGCUCCUCGGGGCCGUCGGCACGUGGUCCUCCCUCGGGAAGCCCCGCAGAGUCCAUCAAGCGCAUGAGUGUGGUAAUGAACAGCAGUGACUCCACCCUUUCCCUGGGGCCUUUUGUCCACCACCAGUCCUCAUCUGACCACCAUACCAGCUUCAGCCACCACUCCUCAGACGGGCGCCUUGAGGGUAAGAAGCGGAAAAGCUCUCCGGCCUCCAGCGGCAUUAAUAGCGGAGGUGGGGGAGGAGGGCUCGGAGGAGGAGGGGGAGCCGGACCAGGUAGACCCAAGGUGGCCAAGUCUCCUGCCAUCAACAACAUCCAUGGGAAGCAUGGGCGGAGCAUUCCAGGGACGCCAGGGCUGCCCAACAACUCCCAUUUACAUCAGCCAAAGGCUCGUCCCUGACAGCGGUGUCCAGCUUCUGCGUAUGGAACUGGCAGGCGGACGGGGAAUAGUCCGGAGCAGUACGAGGACCGCUCCGGACUGCACGAGGCCUUCUAAAAAAAUCAAACCCACAUUACUCUCAGCUUCCCACAAUCCUCAGGGUGGAGAUGAUCUGGACUGCCCAGUGAAGUCAAUGUGGUCCUUACUAUUUCUCCCAAAGCCAUGUGUGUGGGGGGGGGGAGGGAUGGUGGCACUGUAUGGGGGGAUGAGUCAAAGCGUGGAGCGAGCCGUCGGCCUCCCCACGCGUUGUCCCGGUAUUCCGAGAGGUCUUCCCGUCUGGUCGGAAGUAGGAAGAACGACAGCGACAGCCAUGGGUCUCUUGAGCUCAUCGGGCUCAGGUUAAAGGGCUGGCGCGAGCUCUGCCAUGACGAACCGCCAUGACGCUGAGCAACUGGGGAGACAACAAGCCGAUCUCUUCCGUGUUUGCUGAAGAAUGAGUGUGUGAAUGUGCGUGCGUGUACGAGUAUUUUUUCUCAUGUCAGAUUCUGCUGGACUACUGGAAUUUCCAACUUAAUUACACCCCCAGCGCCUGAUCUCAGAAGCCUUGGAAGGAGAGCAGGAGGAGCAACAAAAACCUGUUACUUGCAACACCUUAAACAACACACAAUCACCUUGUUGUUUCACCUUUCCAUUAGCGUGACUCUCUGGUGACACGUCGAGUAACCUCGGGGUUACAUGAGCCGGUUGGGACGAUCUGGUCAAUUCUUUUAUUACCCAGAAUAAUUAUGCAAGUGUUACCUUUUUAUGAUUUCUUAUGAGCUUUUUACACUGAACUACAAAGAGUCUUUGUAGAUGUGGUGAAGACAGUAAUGCUUUCAAAUGUGAAAAGGACGCCUGAUGUGCCCAUUCGAUUGAAUCUUUUGUCAAGAGAUAGUUUGGUCGAGAGGACACCUGUUUUAUCUGAAUCUUUUCAUUGUGCAAAAUGAUAGCCACAGUAGACCUACCCCCAACUGUGAACAGCACUAAAUAACUUCUUUCUCCACAGGCACUGCUUAGCUGUCCACAAAGCUAGCCAAAAGCUGCUAUCAGCUUUGCCAAUUACUUUAUUUUGUAACUAAAAAGGGUGGGUAGUCUUUCCCAUGAAGCAGCGAUGGUGCAUUGCCUGUGUGGAUAUCAAGAAAAUCUGUGCAAACCAUAUUAAUGCCACAACCUUUUCUCUAAUAACUCUUGAGAGAAUUACUUUGUACCCAUACAAGCUGUGUGAAACGCACAGCUGUUUGUGGGCAGAUGUGAAUUGUAAUGUUUGUUGUUUUUUUUUUCCUACAUAGGGAAUCAGGUAUGGUACGUCUUAACUGGAGCAAACUUUAUGCACGUCAGCUGUCUUUUGUGGGUAUGAUUGUCCCUCCUAUGUGUAACCACUACCCAAGCUCUGGAUGUUCAAAGUUUAAUGCCUCACCGUCAUACUACGUCGGUGUGGGAGUCGCAAACGAUUUGUCACAGUAGAAUGGAUAGCCAGGCAUUAUACUCUAUUCCUUUGACAUAAUGGAGUCUUAAAUCAGGCAAUACUUUCCCAUCUCGUUGGGACGUUUGCUUAUUUCGAGCGGUCUCGAGUGGGGUUAAUGGUGCGAGAUUCAUGGAGAUGGCUUCACGGGACUUAUUGAAACAUUUGGCAACACCUGUCAAUUUAUGGAACCUCCACUGAUGUCAGUUAGUGUGGAAAGUUAAAGGAGGCAAUUUCCUUUUUUUCUUUUUAAAAAAACAACUUUAAUUUAGCUUUUUUUCUUGUAGCCAAUGUAUCAAAACAAGUAUUGAAGUAUCCCUAUUUGAGAAUACAUAUUUUGUUAACAAAUUGUACAUAGUGAAAUAUGUAUUUUUGCACAGGCAUUUUUUCGUACACGCUGAAUUUUUUGGUACAAUUUAAAAAAAGAAAGAAAAAAAGUCAUUAUUUAUUUAGUAAACAAGAUGAAAAGUCAGAACUUGAUUAUUUGAAGUGGUUCACUGCCAAGUCGAUAUAAUGCAAUACGCCUACAUGUAGAAGCUGAAGCAUCUCAUGAAUCGUGUACUGAGAUCCUUUAAGGAACAAAGGUGAAGUGUUGCCACUGUAGCAUGUGUCUGUAUGACAGAGGAUACCUUUAUUCACUUUGCAAGGUCUCAAACACAUGUGCUUUUACAAUACAUUUUACGUUGCCUAUGAAUCAACACAACAACAACAAAAUGUUACUAUGUGACCCAAUUAGCCUGUGAUUUUGAAAAAUGUCAUGCAGGCUUGAAGUUGUGCCCGUUGUCUGACCAAUUUCCACGGACUCCUCAGUCAUACACUUCGUAGAUGGUGUACCGUAAAACACAUUUCACGAUUGAAAUACUGAAGUUCUUUUAUAAGGCUCAAGGGACUUUUAAGCAAUCACUGCAAGGAAGAAGAACACUUCAAACAGUUCACCUGCUUGCAUCGUCGUUGCCAAACAAGUAAUUAGAAACACAGCUUUUAAAGAAGUAGUUUGCAGCCUUUAAAAGAAAUAUCAAAUUAAAGAAAGUGCCUGAAUUUGUUUCACCCUUACUGUUUGAGGACAGUAUUCUUUGGGUUGUUUUACCUUACUUGAAUGUUCGAAGUGUUUAGGGAGUUUGCUUUUAAAUUUGCCUACGAACCCUAAAUGUGGUAAAACCUGAGCUUGUCAGCUGCCCAGUAUGAAACACUUUGUGUUGUGCGUUUUUUUUUUUUGGGUGGGUGGUGGGGGUUUAUCCAAGUUUUCCAGACAAGACGUUAAAAAAAUAUUUUCUGUUCUCGUCAAUGUGUGGCUUAAGCCCCCCUCUGGUUUACUGGGAGUUGUACAUUAAAACAUUCAAUCAAGUGUUUUUGUUUACCCUCAAACUCCACUGACAUCUCGUCAUGGUUUCCAGUCGAUGGAAACAUAGCGAGGUUGGUUUUUCUACUAGCACCAUAGACUUGGAAUGUGAAAGUGAGAGAGAGAAUACAGCUCGUGUCUGGGAGGAAAAAAUAAAUCCACCAUUCAUACUAUGUAAAAGCGUGUAUAGAAUUUUUUUUUUUUUUGUAUACAUUAUCAAAUCAUUUUCAGCUGGACUUAUGUAUUGGCUGCUAUGUAAUUCGUGAACAAAACAUAGGUUAGAAUUAAUAUUUAAAGAAAAAAAGAUUGUAUAGUAUAUUUGUUUUGUAACAAGUUUCUGUAAAUAAAAUAAUUUAUA